CUUGUCCCACCCGGCGCCUUUUCACAGCGGAAAUAUCCUCGUCACUCGGCGGUCGGGUUGCCACGUCGAAAACACAAGCAGUGGGUUUAGUGGAUGUCUUUAGCAGUGUGUAUUUUUUGAAACUUGUUAAACAAACUCUACUCUCUAGACAUGGUGUCCGUCAUUAACACCGUGGAUACCUCCCAUGAGGAUAUGAUUCAUGAUGCUCAGAUGGACUACUACGGCACAAGACUGGCAACCUGCUCCUCUGAUCGAUCUGUGAAGAUCUUUGACGUUAAGAACGGCGGUCAGAUUCUUGUGGCAGACCUGAGGGGACACGAAGGUCCGGUGUGGCAAGUAGCCUGGGCACAUCCCACCUACGGCAACAUUCUGGCCUCGUGCUCCUACGACAGAAAAGUGAUCAUCUGGAAAGAAGAAAAUGGGACAUGGGAUAAGAUGUACAAGUACACGGGCCACAACUCCUCAGUGAACUCUAUUUGCUGGGGACCCUACGACUUCGGUUUAAUCCUGGCCUGCGGAAGCUCCGACGGUGCCAUCUCGAUUCUGACCUACACUGGUGACGGGCAGUGGGACAUCAAGAAGAUCAACAAUGCACACACUAUUGGCUGCAAUGCAGUGAGCUGGGCUCCAGCUGUUGUUCCAGGCAGCCUCAUAGACCAGCCUACAGGACAAAAACCCAAUUAUGUGAAGAGAUUCGUCUCUGGAGGUUGUGACAACUUGGUUAAGCUUUGGAAAGAGGAGGAUGGUCAAUGGAAGGAGGACCAGAAGCUGGAGGCCCACAGUGAUUGGGUGAGAGAUGUAGGCUGGGCUCCAUCUAUUGGUCUACCUACCAGCACAAUUGCCAGCUGCUCUCAGGAUGGACGUGUAUUCAUCUGGACAUGUGACGAUCCUUCUGGAAACACCUGGACGGCUAAACUCCUGCACAAAUUCAACGAUGUAGUCUGGCACGUCAGCUGGUCCAUCACAGGCAACAUCCUGGCCGUGUCCGGAGGAGACAACAAGGUGACCCUGUGGAAGGAGUCUGUGGGCGGACAGUGGGCUUGCAUUAGCGACGUGAAUAAAGGCCAAGGCGCCGUGAGCUCCAUCACAGACGGCCAGCAGAACGAGCAGUGAGACGGAACCUCGUGGAGAUGACCGGACACAGACAUACAUACAAGCUCAUUAAGCCUCAAAGACUUUCUUAAACUAAUGACCUGUCAUUCCUCCCAACAAACCAGUACAUCCAGAUGGCCGGAACAAGUCUGAAUCGCUUCUCAAUCAAGUCCUUGAAAAGUUUUUUAGGAAGUUCUAAUAUGUUCAUUUUUGACUGAUUGCUUGCAGCGGUGUUUGAAAUGCAGGAUUUUCUGAUAUGUCCUUUGAAAAUAGAUUUAAUAAGUUGUGUGAUUGAUGAUCUAAAGGUUCAAAGCCCCGAUCUAGUAUUUAAUAUCUUAAGUGGAACAGCUAAUGAUAUUUUGUUUGAAAUUUGCUCACAGUGCCACUGGAUUAAUAAAUAAACUUUUAUAAUUAA